AUGUGUAGCAAUACCAGCAGUAGUGGUGCAGGUGUGAGUGGUAGUGUUGGUGAUGAUGGUGAUUACGCUAGUCUUAUUCUGAAGAAACCUAAGCGACAAAGAGUCCCUAAAAGAGGCCCUGGAGUAGCCGAACUGGAGAAGAUCUUGAGAGAACAAGAAUGCAAAAAUAAUGUAGACCACCAAGGAAACGUUUCAUUUGUUCCGGAUCACAAUUACUUCAGUCCACCUUCUCCACCGAUGUCCAUGCUCUAUGGUAAUGGUGGUAAAAAUGCAGUCUUGGGAGGUGGCAGUAAAGGUCUCAACCUUGGUGGAUCAGCCAUGGCGGCUUUGCCUGAACAGACCUUGCUAUCCACAAUGUGGAGUUCCGGUGACUCAAGCUUCUGUGAGGAAGCUCCUAAAAUCUCAUCUGGAUAUCCAUUUUUGACAAAUUUUCCUAACAGAUCCGAUCAAAUGCAUCAUCACUCUUCUUCUAUGCUUCAAAAUAAACAUAGUCAAUACCCUUCUUCCACGAAAAAUCUUUUCCCCAACUCUGGAUCACUGUCUUCACCAGACAGCCAAUCGGCAGGAUUUUUUCUCCGUCUAGAGCCCCCUUCAAACCAAAGAUUACAUCACAACUAUAUAUCUCUAUUGCCAGAGGAAGAUAAGAUUCGUUUAGGGUUAUUUGUUCAUUUGUUUAGACUCCCAUCAUCUGAUUUAAGUACAUGA